AUGCCAGCAAGAUCCAGUGCUCAGCUGGCCUGGCUCUGCAUUGUCACUGUGUCUGUGGCAAUCUACCCAGCGCUGCUGCAGAAGCCUCCUAAAAGAAGGACACUCAAUGGGAAUGCACAGUCCAAGUUGACAGGCUGCUGUGACGAGAUUAAAGAGCUCAAGCUGCAAGUAGCCAACCUGAGCAGAAUGCUGCAGGAGCUGAGCAAGAAGCAGGAAGGUGACUGGGUGAACGUGGUCAUGCAAGUGAUGGAGCUGGAAGGGAGCACCAAGCAGAUGGAAUCCCGCCUCAUUGAUGCUGAGAGCAAAUACUCCGAAAUGAACAACCAGAUAGAUAUCAUGCAGCUCCAGGCAGCUCAGACGGUCACGCAAACUUCAGCUGUAGAUGCUGUCUAUGACUGCUCUUCACUCUACCAGAGGAACUACAGGAUCUCUGGGGUUUACAAGCUACCUCCUGAUGAAUUUCUGGGGAGUCCAGAGCUGGAGGUGUUCUGUGACAUGGAGACAGACGGAGGUGGCUGGACUAUCAUCCAGAGACGUAAAGUUGGUUUGACGUCUUUCAAUAGGGACUGGAAGCAGUACAAAGAAGGAUUUGGCAAUAUUCGGGGAGAUUUUUGGCUGGGAAAUGAGAAUAUCUACCGACUUUCGAGGCGCCCCACUGUUCUGCGAGUAGAGCUGGAGGACUGGGAUGGCAACAUACGCUAUGCACAAUAUAAGCAGUUCACCCUGAGCAAUGAAAUCAACAGCUAUCGCCUUUUUGUGGGGAACUACACUGGCAACACAGGGCGGGAUUCCCUCAGGUACCACAACAACACAGCCUUCAGUACGAAGGACAAGGACAAUGACAAGUGUGUGGAUGACUGCGCCCAGUUCCGCAAAGGUGGAUAUUGGUACAACUGCUGCACAGACUCCAAUCUGAAUGGGGUUUACUACCGAAAAGGAGAACACACCAAGAACAUGGAUGGGAUCACCUGGUACGGAUGGCAUGGAUCAACCUAUUCCCUGAAGAGAGUUGAGAUGAAGAUCCGGCCAGAGGAUUUCAAACCAUAGAGAGAACCAGUAUUUGUUUGUACAGUUUCCUUAUGCUACUGCACAGAAGGUGGGCAAUGAACUGCUCAAAAUCAGCCAAAUAAUAGUUCAUCUCAUCUAGUAUGUGCAACAGCUACAUACUGGCUAUGUGCACACACAAACACUAAGGCACAUUAAGCACAAGUCACUGCCAUUCGUGUUACCAGGGCUCAGACUUAUUUCCUCCUCUUCAGACUCUUUCCAAAGGGAAAAAAAUGCUGUGUUAGAAUAGGUUAUAACUGAAUGCACUUCCAGCACCUUCAAAAAACCUACUGGUGUGUUUUCACUAGCAUUGUGGCUAGUGGGUUGCCUUAGUGUUAACCAGCCAGGCAGGGACUCUAUAAAGAAAGCCUCCCUGUUGCCACUUCUUCAGUGUGUAGAGUAAGCAUUCCUAACUGCUUCCAAAAGAGACUCAAAUCACAACAACAUAUUCAAGAUGCACCUUUCUUUAGAGUAUAAUAUGUGAUUUACAUUCACAAAGAUGAAAUAAUGAAGCUCAAAGAUUUUGGAUUAGUUAGUAUUGUCCAAGUUCUCUUCUUUUUACUGCCAUCUCCUGCUGCUGCAUCAAGUAAGCCCCACAGAGGGCUGCACUCAGCAGAUAAUAAUCCUGAAGAAAGGAUUUCUCCCAUAAGCUCUGUGAUAUUUAUUCCUAUUCACAGAUGACCUAAAAGCUGAUAAACUAGAAAGCAACUUUCAGGGCUGCCACCAAAUUAUGCUCAGGUUAGAGCAUAAGCGUGCUGUACGUCACUAAGACUAAGAGAGAACAACAGAUUAGCAAAAGAAGUCUAGACCUGGCCAUCCAGCUGAAAACCUCAACUCCAACACUUAAAACCACUGUAUCCAUAAGCAAAACACUAGUACACACCAGAGAAUCCAGGAAUGAUGUUAUACAACACACAGAGAAUGCUUCUCCUUUACAUAAUGCAGUGUUAAAAAUAACAGAUAAAAAAAAGAAAGAGACCACUCCUGUCACCAUGCUGUUAUUUGAAUAUGUUGGAAAAGAUACUUAUCCUUAAUAUAUCUAUUUUUAUUCACCUUAAAGAGAGUUUCAAUCUAAUUUAAACUGUUCAGUGGUGUGUGAAAUGGGAGUUACUGAUGUCUUGGGAAUUGCCUUACAUGUGUUUGACUAU